AUGGCAGACAAUGAACAGGGCGACUCCGAACAGAACACAGGUAUUCAUCAAACUAAUUCACUUUUCAUCCUACAAGUGCCUUCUUUAGCAUCCAUCUAUCCUCUGGCCCACCAGCGUCAAGUUCCCACCCAAGAAGGCUACCUUUGGCCUGCCUCCGAUAUCGAGCGACCUCUCGACUAUCAGAAUUAUUAUACCGGACAUCCGCUCAUGGCUCCGCCGGCAACCCAGUCAGCUAUCCGCCAGCAUCGCUGUCAUCACAGUGUGAUGGAACGCCAGUUCUGCAUUGACCGUAUGGAAACAUGCAACUCAUGUGGAAGAUGGCCAUUCCUCGGAUGGGUCUACCUCUGUGUUGAGGAUAAUUCGGGGUUCUCUGAUCCCUUGGAUCCCAUAAACGGCCCAUUCCUCAGUCCUUGGAUAAUGAAAGCCAUGGAAGAUGGUCACUAUACGACAGAACAGAAGGAAAUCGUGAUUCACCAGAAGUUGAACGUCGUGAGGACAGCGGAGAGAGAAAGAGGUACCAUACCUCCACCAUUGUCUAUGCUCUAUGCAGAGCGCAGUACGCAAACUGGUCACAAUCAGGAUGAUCCAUGGGUAGAGUUGGUAGAGGAUGUCAGCCAGCGAGAUGAGAGUGCUUCCAGAACCGGCGAAUCAGCGGUUCGUCUCGACCAUUCUGAGCAAACCUCGCAGCUACUCCAGCACCCACACCCUGCUCUUCCAUGCACCUUCAAGCUUGUCGUUUCUGCGAGCGUCGCCAUGGUAACCUCGAGGAGCGCACCUGGAUAA